UUGGCAUGGGCCUACGUAUUUGGUGCUCCGGUUGUGUUUCCAGUAGCUGCAGUUUUCCAGACAUCAUCCGUUUAUUUCUGCGUAGCAGCAGCGGUUGACUGCUUUAUAGCAGUUGUACUGCCGGAUUCGGUUCGACAGCUGUACUCCACGCCAAAAAGAGCAAAGGUCACAUGUACGUGUAUUAUGGUCAUUUGUAUUCUCUAUAACAUUCCUCACUUCUUCGAAUUGGAGAAGGUGGACUGUGUAGCGAAUGACGGCAGCCUUGGUACGCAAAUUUGUCCCACCGAUAUUCGACUGGACCCAGCUUACUAUGCUAUCUAUUAUACCUACAUGUACACCACUUUUCUUGCCAUUGGUCCCCUCACAUUGUUGAUUCUUCUCAACAUCUGCGUAGUGUUCACGGUUCUCACAAAGCGAACCGCAGAAAGUGAUGAUUCCGAUACAAUAAGCUUAAUUUUGGUAGUGUUUUUCUUCAUAUUUUGUAACUUCACCGCUCUACUCGUCAAUUUCAUGGAAAUAAUUCUUAAUAAUCCCAACAUUCUUGUUUAUUUCGUGGAUUUGUCUAAUCUAUUGGUUGUAAUUAACGGGACAGCAAAUUUCUUCUGUUACUUGAUAUUUGGCGCUGGUUUUCGACUAACUCUCAAGAAGAUUUUAUGCAAUUUCCGUAAAGAAAAGCCGAAAUUAAUCUGGACGAUAAAUGGAGACGAGAAGAUUGCCAACGCUCAUCACAGUCUUCUUUGA